AUGCUGCUGCCGCUGCUGCGAAGUAGCUGCUUCCCUUCCUCGUCUCCCGGCGGCGGCGGUAGCGGCGGCGGCGGCAGCGCGGAGCGGGCAGAGGGCAGCCGGGGGCGGACGCUGAGCUUGGGGCCGAGGGGGCGCCGGGUCCUGGGGCGCACGGCCGACGGCGGGCCGAGCGCGAUGGGCGCGGGCUCUCCGGCGCUGUCGGGCGGCCAGGGGCGCCGGAGGAAGCAGCCCCCCAGGCCGGCGGACUUCAAGCUGCAGGUCAUCAUUAUCGGCUCCCGGGGCGUGGGCAAGACCAGCCUGAUGGAGCGCUUCACCGACGACACCUUCUGCGAGGCCUGCAAGUCCACCGUGGGUGUUGACUUUAAAAUCAAGACUGUAGAGCUAAGAGGAAAGAAAAUUAGAUUACAGAUCUGGGACACAGCAGGUCAGGAGAGAUUUAACAGCAUUACCUCAGCUUAUUACAGAAGUGCCAAGGGAAUCAUAUUAGUGUAUGAUAUCACCAAGAAGGAGACGUUUGAUGACUUGCCGAAAUGGAUGAAAAUGAUUGACAAGUAUGCUUCUGAAGAUGCAGAGCUUCUCUUAGUUGGAAAUAAGCUGGACUGUGAAACAGACAGAGAAAUCACCAGACAGCAAGGAGAAAAGUUUGCACAGCAGAUAGCUGGGAUGCGGUUCUGUGAAGCCAGCGCCAAGGAUAACUUCAAUGUGGAUGAGAUAUUUCUGAAACUCGUUGAUGACAUUCUGAAAAAGAUGCCUCUGGAUAUUUUGAGGAAUGAGUUGUCCAAUAGCAUCCUCUCGUUACAACCAGAGCCAGAUAUCCCGCCAGAACUGCCUCCACCUCGGCCGCACGUCCGAUGCUGUUGAUUUGCUACUUUGCAGACAAAGUGCAGCAAAAAAUUCCUAGAAAGGGGAAAACAUUCUCUUCCGCACUACAAUCAUUUUGACAAUUUCCUUUCGCACUUUGUAAUCCAAGUCAGAGCUAUACACUAACUUGUAAAUAUGCAAAUAUGCAAUCCUGGGUAAGUUUGGGUUAUAAGUUACAUAUUUCCCUCCAAAUUCUGUUUCCUUCAUCGCCCCAGUGUCUAGUGUACCUACACUGGGAGAUGUAGUACUUCUAAUAUAUGAAGAAUGGGAGAGAAGAAGGUAGAUGGUUUCUUAAGUAACAUAAUUGUCCUUGUUAAUUAUGAGGACAGAUAUUCUGAUAAAAAAGAGAACGUGGUGCUUUGCUUACUGUUGAAAGAAAAUUUGUAAAAACUAAGGAUUUUUUUCCCUCCAGAGCUGCCGUUGAGGUUAUUUAUUGAUUCUGUGAUGAGAGGGUAGUCCUGAUUAGAGGCCUGAGUUUGACUUGGUCCCGGGCCUGCAGAAUCUCUGGGUUCCCUGAUGGAUAUGACUUAUGCUUUUCAGAGCGAUAAAGAUUCAACAAAGAAAGAACUGGUGAACUGGGGAUGUAGCUCAGUGUUUGAGCAUUUGCCCAGCAUGCCAGGGUUCAAUUCCCGGCAUCACACCCCCAAAAAAUUGAAAGAAGGAUUUUUGAAACAUUAGAAAAAGAUUUUAAAGCCACGCUGCUGUCCUACAUAAAUCCUGUUUAAAGGAAUUUUAAAGAGAUACAUUUUACUAUAUCAAAGAACACACAUGUAUUUGCCUAAACAUUCUGUAUUUUGUAAUGAGCAACGCUCCCCUUUAUGCUGAAGCUCACUCCUAUCAAGCCUAGACUGUGUUCAUUUUUUUGGGGGGGGGUCUGAUUAUGAAUUUGUGAACUCUAUCUUUGGUAUAUCUUUUAUUAAACUGCACUGUUUUGUUUAGUCAAGGUAAAUAAGUAUGUAUUUGAAUAACUUGGUGUGUCCCGAGUGUUGUGGUAUGAGAAGCAUCGUGGUCUUUCUACACUAAUGAAGUGCAAAUAAAAUUUUGUAUUUAUGAAUGACA